GUUUAUUUUUGGCCCAUCCUCAUCUUCCCCUCCUAUUUAAUCUUCUUCAUACAGACUGACUCAUAAGCCUCACAGUUUCUGCUACACCAGUAUCUCCUUUAGGCCAGGUGGAAGACAGUCCAUUUCUGUAGCUCAUAACUCCAAUUUGCAGGUGUGUGGAGAGAGAGAGAGGCGGGCAGAGAGAAGUAUGGCUGGAAAGUUUAAGAAGUGCAUGAUGAUAUGUUGUUCAAGAAAGCUUCAACAGAGAGACGAUAUGUCGAACGAUUACGAGGAGGCCAUUGCAGGGUUGCAGAAGCUUCUCAGUGAAAAUGGUGACCUGGAGAAGGUGGCGGCCGGAAAAAUCAAGCAGUUAACGGCGGAGCUGGAAGCGGCUGCAGCCGUAUCGUUCAACCCGGUGGAGAGGAUUAAAACCGGGUUCACCCACUUCAAGACCGAGAAAUUCGACAAAAAUCCAGAUUUGUAUGGUGCACUUGCGAAAGGCCAGAGUCCUAAGUUUAUGGUAUUUGCCUGCUCGGACUCCCGAGUCUGCCCAUCGCACAUCCUUGAUUUCCAACCAGGGGAGGCUUUCGUCGUGCGAAACAUUGCCAACAUGGUCCCUCCAUAUGACACCACGAAAUACUCUGGAGUUGGGGCGGCCAUUGAAUAUGCAGUACUGCAUCUGAAGGUGGAGAAUAUUGUGGUGAUUGGACACAGCUGUUGUGGUGGGAUAAAGGGGCUCAUGUCUAUCCCAGAUGAUGGGACCACAGCUAGUGAAUUUAUAGAAAACUGGGUUAAAAUCUGCUUGCCUGCAAAGACCAGGGUGAAAGCUGAAUUUGACAGUUUGGAUUUCGCGGAACAGUGCCAUAACUGCGAGAAGGAGGCUGUGAAUGUGUCCUUGGGAAACCUAUUAACAUAUCCAUUUGUGAGACACGGCGUCAUGAAGAAAACCCUAUCGGUGCAGGGAGCACACUAUGAUUUUGUUAAGGGAUGUUUUGAGCUCUGGAAUCUUGAUUAUGGCGUUUCGACCACUCUCUCUGUAUGAGCAUCCACCAUUUCACUUGCUGCUGCACCUUCUUUUGUUUUUCUUUUACUCCUUUCUUUCAGCUAAUGCUGUAUAAAUGUCUUCCCUUGAACAAACAGGUUAGACAAAAAUAAUGCUGGUUGGCUUCUCUAACUGGCAUAUGAAAUAUAUUUUGUGCUUGAACCUAUUGUUAAGAAAGCUGGUUGGCUUCUAACUGGCAUAUGAAAUAUAUAUUAUGCUUGUCCCAUCUAAAGAA